AUGAGAGCAGAUCCGAACCUAAGCGAGUUUGGCAACCGAUUGAGGAGAAUAAGAAGGACUCAACAGGGGGAGUUACUGCUCGAGGUAAAGGGCAAACCCUCUGAAAACGUACCCUUAUACAGAGGAGCCAUCGAAGAGUCCCCUAAGGAAAUGGCGGAGGUACGCACGGGUAAGCAAAGAAUGGCGCUAACUUGUAGCGGAAUGGAUGAGGCGACCACUGUAGAGGAACUCCAUAGCUGCUUGGUCUCACAAUUUGAAGGCAUCAAUGUUGCCCCAGAAGAUGGCUCGGUCAACGUAGGCUGGUCACGGUGUCGCAUCAACCAGGAUGUACGUCCUACAAGAUGCUUCAGGUGCUUGGGAUAUGGCCAUAGGGCAACCAACUGCAAGGCAGCCAACCGCUCCGACUGCUGUCUGCGGUGCGGCGUGAAAGGGCGUGGCGUGGCUCCGCCAAAAUGGCUCAUUUGCAGCGAGAAUGUCGAUAGGAAUCACUCGACAGGUGCCCCACCUACAAGGCGAACAUCGUAA